CCUCCUUUAUCAGCUCCCGCUGCAUCGCCCCUUUAAUAGCCGCUCGCUCGCUGGUCCCUUCUCUCCUCGCGCCUGCCGCCGCGAGACGGAAAGGCGCGGGCAGAGGGCGAGGUUCCCGGGAAAGAGCCGGGAGGAGGAGAAAGGUUGGCCGAGGGAUCCUGCCGGGGCCGGUUGAAGAUCUCAGCUGCAACUGACUCCAGCUCUCGGCCCCGCUAGUCCGGCCGCCUCUGGGAACCGCUGCCGCGGCCACCACCGCGGUUCUCUUCCCCCGAGGCCCUCUCGCUGCGCAUCUGCUCCUCCUCCGCCAUCUCCUCCUCCGGUAGCCUCGGGCAGGUCGUGAUGUGAUCGGCAGCGCGUCCCUUGGGGAGGCCCAUCCCCAGCGGGAGUCUCAGCACGACGGAGAGGGUGGUGGAGCAGCGGGCCAAGGGCCGCGCCCCCAUGAAGGAGAAGGAGGCGGGGGCGGCCGGGGAGCGGGGCAAGCCGGCCACUUACACCGGGGACAAGAAGGCGCGCAUGGCGGCCAAGACCAACAAGAAGUGGGUGCGCUUGGCCACCGUGCUGGCCUACGUCCUGUCCGUCUCCUUGGCCGCCAUCGUGCUGGCCGUCUACUACAGCCUCAUCUGGCAGCCGGUGAGAGGCGGCGGUCAGCCCCAGCCGCAGCCCCAGCCGCCCGAAGCGCCCCCCAGCCCCGUCAACCCGGGAACCAGCAACGGAGAGCGCCCGGCGCCGCCGAUCGAAGGAGGAGGUGGCGACUCUUCUGCUUCGGUCAAUCCCGGCGACAGCUCGAAGCCGUAAGGAGUCGUUCCGGCCCAGGAGGCCGGAGGCACAACUCCCCCAACUCAUCGGACAGCACCGGUGGCAUCGGAGCCCCUGAUCGCGGAGGGCAGGAGGCCGCCAGUGGGAGAAUCGCGCAGCCGCCGCGGGAAACGUGACCCCAGACUCGACUGGACUCUCUUUCUCUCUUGCAACCGCCCGGCCCCGCCACAGGACCCCGCAGCCGUAUUCUGGACUCCCAGGGCCUGGGGCUCAGAGACGCCUUUCGUUUUACCUCGCCCUCUUGGCAAGACUCGGGCAGGGAAGACUGUAACGGUGUUAGCUUUUUUCCCCUUCCUUUUCCAAAUAUGUCUUUAUUAAUCAAUAAAUACUGGGGGAGCCACGUGAAAUGGAGCUCAGGUAUGUCAGCCUCUCUGAAAUGUACCCGAUGCAUUUCCUUUGUAUUCUUGUGUAUAAAUUCUUUGUAUACAGAUGCACUUAAUUAAUGCAUAGAAAAGAGCUAUAGAGUCUAUAUUCUGUACACACAUAUAUUGGCAGAGCAAUUGUAGAAUGGUAUUCAAAGGGCUAUUGCUGGGUGGAAACCUACUAUGAAAUUCACAUCCAACCUGGGACAGAGGUUGAAGCCGCUUCUGUAAGACCCAGGCCACUAAUUCUGACUUGACCCAAAGUUUGAUUCCUGUUCGCUUCACAUGUAUUUUCUUAGACACUGGUGUCUUGAUUUUAAACCAGAGUGAACACUGGGUGUCAUCUGCUGUAAACAUGGUCAGAAAAUAAUUUAUUUCAGAAGUGUUAAUGUUCUUACUUACACCCCAAUUUUAUGUCUGAAGACAGGGGAGAAUAAAUCGGUUCCUGGCCAUUCUUAGCAAAGCUACGUUGGAUUUGAUGAUUUAAUUAAUUCUGUGCUAUUUCCAUUGUGUGAUAGUUGCUCCCUCUAUUCAGUCUCAAAUCUUGAGACUUUAGGUUACCCCUAAGGUUUUAGACCUUCCGAUAUCACCAUUUUCUAUUUGGAUCAACUUCACUCUUUCUUCCAGCAGUGAGUAAAAAAGGGUUAAUAGAGAUAUCUUCUGAGACACCCAUCUUUCUUUUUCAUUCACCUUGAUGUUUGAGACAACUGCUGGAGCUUCUUGGAACAAGUAAAUUGGAUAUUUAAUACUAUGCUGGUAUAUCUGCUGGAGCUGCAGACCAGAAGUGGUGAAAGCCAGCCCUAUUAGUAGCUCCAGCAUUACAUCAGUAGUAAAGCAGCUAUGCAACCUCCUUCAUAAGUAGUUCAGCCUUUCUCAACCUGGCGCCUUCAGAUGUGUUGGGUAAAAAUUCUUGUCAUCCCCAGUCAAUUGACUGGGUUGGCUGGAAUGAUGAGAUUUGUAGUCCUGGACAACUAGAGGUAAUAGGCUGAAUAAGGCUAGCCUACUGCUUCCCUUGGACUAGCUUUAGAAGCCUUGUUUUUUAUAUUUUUAUCUUAUAUAUUAGAAAUUUAACUUACAGUAUGAGCUGACACCUUUCGUGAUAUAGCUGAAGGAUUACUGAUGCUGAAAGGCUAAAGCCCACCAUUCAGGCAUGGCUGAUAUUCAGGCUUAUUUAGAAAUAAAUCUUUUUCUUACAAAAGUCAUAGUGUACAUUUUGCUGGGUUAAUUUUCUUGUCAUGGGAAAGUGGGAAGUCCUUCUAAAGGCUACUUUGUGCAAUGUUCUAUAGGCAGAUCAAUCAAAUACACACACACACACAAUUGCAGAAUGAAUCUUGUGAUCAAUUAAAGGCUCUUUGCUAUUUUGGAUCAAGCGAACUAAUAUGGCUGCCCCUCUGGAAUGUAUACACUUUUAAUGUGUCACAGAUAUGUUUUACUGAUGCAAGUGUUCAAGUAAGAUUGGAACUCUGAAUGUCAGCUACUAAUCUGUGGAAUUCCAGCAGAAAAAAUAUUCCUAGAAAAAUGUAACCUAUGAAGUAUCCUUUAGUUCACUGGGCACCAGUAAAUAAGACAGUGAAAACACAUUGUGAAAUUUAGAAGCAAGCCUGGGACUUUACUGCCACAAGUUUAUAAACUUAGUAUGGCUGCUUUCAUUGCAGUUUGUUGCCCAGUAAAACCAGGGAUCCUGUCUGGAUAUAUGUAUGUCUGUGGGGGUUGGUUUCUUGAAUUCAGCAUAUUAUUCCAUAACUAGUAACUGAACUAGGAAAUCCCCCAAAGCCAACAUUUUGCAAUGAAGAAUAUGCUAGUAGGUGUUACAAAGGAAGGCCAGAGGCCUUUAAGGGAAAAUAAAAGACAAAAAUGCUAUCUUUAUUCUAGUAAAUAAAAAUAUGUGCCCUUAGAGGAAUUUCCACUAUAUUUUUUUAUAUGUUGUAUAUUUAAAACUAUUAGUGAUGUAUUUUAAACAAGCAAAGACACUUGAUGUGAUUUUGGGAAUGAUUCCAUUCUUGGAAAGAACAAAGCAAAAUGUUGAGAAAAUUGCUAUAAUGUCUAAGCCAUCCAGCCACUUUACUUUGUAUUGUUAUCACUGAACAUCAGAUUUAAUUUUAAGGUUGUAAACAUGCUCUAAUGUUGUCUAUAUCUAAUUCAGCCAUGUAAGCUAUGUCUGCAUUCAGAAGUUCUGUAUAUUUUUAAAAAAAAUAUUUUUAAGGUUAAAAAAUACAUUGAGAGA